CUCCCCUCCUUAGGUUGAUAGGUCCGGCUUGCUUGCGCGGCCGAAUUUGCACCUCAAAGCUUUGGAGUUUGUUUCCACCGCCUGGAGCUUAGCCUUCGUCCUUCUUCUGUCUUCGGGAAUCUCAGCCUUAGUCUUCGAGGAAAUUCGAGUGUAUCACCAUGAUGCUGAACGACAGCUUCGUCUCCCAGCCUCUCGCCUUCAGAGGGGGUAUGAUGGAGGAGGAACACAUGCUGGGAUGGAACAUCCCUCCAGAACACGCUGGUCUGGUACACCCUCACUGGAAGCAGUUUCUCGCCCCGGACCUCAGCUCCCACUUCAUGUUGGCGGCCAUCUACUCCAUGCUUAUGAUAAUGAAUACAUCGGGCAACUUCAUUGUGAUAUACCUCUUCUUCACCACGAAGAGUCUGCGGACGCCGUCCAACGUGUUUGUGGUGAACCUGGCCAUCUUCGACCUGUGUAUGAUGCUGGACAUGCCCAUGCUGAUCAUCAACUCGUUCUACCAGAGGCCUAUAGGCUGGGAGUUCGGUUGUGAUAUGUAUGGCUUGUUCGGCUCCAUCGCCGGCAUCGGCUCUGCUAUCAACAACGCCAUCAUUGCCUACGACAGAUACAGGACUAUAGCGUUCCCUCUGGACGGGCGGCUCACAUACAAGCAAACCCUGCUUCUGGUGCUCUUCGCUUGGGCCUACGCGCUCCCGUUCUCAAUCUCCCCUAUCAACAACUACUGGGGAAAAUACGUACCUGAGGGCUACCUGACGACUUGCUCGUUCGACUACCUUACUCAGGACGAGAACACUAGAGUGUUCGUGGGCUCAAUCUUCGUCUACUCCUACUGCAUCCCGAUGUUCCUCAUCAUCUUGUUCUACUCGCAGCUCAUCGGACAUGUGAGGCAGCACGAGAAGAUGCUGAAGGAGCAGGCCAAGAAGAUGAACGUCAAGUCACUAUCCAGCAACCAAGACGCUGCUCAGAAGAGCGUCGAGAUUAGGAUUGCAAAGGUUGCUUUGACGAUCUUCUUCCUGUUUGUCUGUUCCUGGACUCCGUACGCUCUCGUAGCUUUGACAGGGACCUUUGGUGACAGGUCUAUCUUGACGCCGAUGGUGGGAAUGAUCCCUGCUGUCUUUGCUAAGGUAGUUUCGUGCGUUGACCCAUGGGUGUACGCUAUCAACCACCCAAGAUUCAGGGCGCAGCUCGCUAAGAAGUUUCCAAUGCUUGGGGGAAGUGACGACAUGGUAUCCGACACUGUGUCGGUGGCCACAGAGAAGACUCAAGCUUCCGACAGCGCUCCAAAUGCUUAAACUAAUGAAGACACUGGCCUGACAUUGGACUUGACUAAGGAUUCAAUACAUUAGACUGUCAGUGACAUCAGUGAAUCAUUGCUACACCUGUACAAAUGACUUUUUGUACAAGAUUUUAGUCAGUUUCGGGAUAUUGACAUUACUUUCCCUUCACUAAUGUCACUGAAAGCCUAAACGUUACUUUUUUAGCUUCACCUUGUAUAGCCCUUAUUGUUUUGUUUUUAUGUUUCAUUCAUUUGCAAACACAAUUUGCGAUGUAAAAUUGAGAUGCCUAAAAGUUUCUCUGUGUGACUUUUUUUCUAUGUUUCAUUUAUAAAAUACAAUACCUGAAGCAAGUUGACUAA